AUGAACGGCGUCGAUAGCGGUGUCAAGGCUCUCGAUGGCGGGCCCACGACCGUCACGGCAGCGCUGGAACCGGCACCUGCGGGCGACGACAAGAACAACAAGUCGCCACGGAAGGCCGCCGUCGCGGUCGACAUCAGCGAAGACAUCGAUCCGGCCAACGAGGUGAAGGGCACGAAACUGGUGCUGAUCCACGUCGCCAUCUGCCUCUGCACUUUCCUCAUUGGCCUCGACUUCAACCUCAUCGCGACGGCGGUGCCCGCCAUCACAGCCCAGUUCAACUCGACGCGAGACAUCGGCUGGUACGGCGCCGCCUUCAUGGUCUACACGCUGUUCCCCAAGAAGCUCGUCUACAUGCUGUACCUGUUCGUCUUUGAGCUUGGCAGCCUCGUGUGUGCCACGUCCCCCUCGUCCGCCGCCCUCAUCGCCGGCCGCACCGUCGCUGGGCUGGGUGCCUCGGGCUUGUUGGCCGGCGGCUUCACCAUCCUCACCACCAUCAUCCCGCUGCACAAGCGCGCCGUCUGGACCGGCACCAUGGGCGCCAUUUUCUCCAUCGCGAGCAUCGUCGGGCCUGUCAUAGCCGGCGGGCUGACCCAGAACGUCACCUGGCGGUGGUGCUUCUACAUCAAUUUGCCCAUCGGCGGCGCCGCUGCGGCCUUGUUCUUCCUGCUCGUUCAUCUGAAGCCCGCCGAAACCGAAAACCAACCCAUCACGGCCAAGCUUCGAAGCGUGGACGUCCUCGGCUUGGCCUUGUUCGCCGGCUCCACCACCAUGCUCCUGCUCGCACUUCAGUGGGGCGGCGUCUCCUACGCCUGGUCAUCCUCAGUGGUCAUCGGCCUGCUCGUCGGCUUCGGCGUGGUCUUGCUCCUCUUCCUCAUCUGGAUCGUCCGGCGGGGGGAGGCCGCGCUGAUCCCGCCGCGGCUCUUCACCGUCAACCGCAACCCGGCGCUGCUCUGCGCGGCCGCCUUCUUCGUCAACGGGCCCUUCCAGACCGUCAUCUACUGGCUGCCCGUCUGGUUCCAGGGCGUGCUGGGCGCGUCGCCCACCCGCAGCGGCGUCAACUUCUUCCCGACCGUCAUCUUCGACGUGCUGGCCGCCUUUGUCGGCUCCGCCAUCGUCUCGCAGCUCGGCUGGUGGAAUCCGUUCAUGCUGCUCGCCGAGGCCUGCGUCUGCCUGUGCGGCGGUCUGCUGACUACCAUCUACCCGGACAUCUCGGGCGCGCACUGGGUUGGCUACCAGAUCCUGGGCGGCGUGGGAUACUCGCUAGGGACCAACCUCUCGCACCUCGCCAUGCAGUCCUCGCUGCCGCAGGAUCUUGUUCCGCUCGGGGCAUCGACGCUGCUGACUGUCAUCUCGACCAGCUGCUCCAUUUUCAUGGCCAUCGGUCAGGCAGUGUUUCAGCGCCAACUCCAGGCCAACCUCGCGGGAGUGGUCUCUGAGCAAGUGGUCGACAACAUCAUCAACUCGGGCGUGACGAGUCUAGGCUCGCUCGUGCCGGCAGCGGAGCUGCCGGCCGUCAUUCGGCAGUACAGCCUGUCUGUCACGCAGGUCUUCUACAUCCCUGCCGUAACGCCAGUAAUUUCUUUUCUGCUGCUCCUCGGAUGCAAAUGGAUCUCCACCAAGAGCAAGAAGAGCCCGGCAGCGGCGGCCACCACAACCGACACUAAAGCCGACUCGGACGACGCUGAGAAGGGCGUGGGUACGCCAGAUAUAGAAUCCGAGGCGAACUAG